AUGAAAUCGUUAUCAAUUACAUGUUCAUUAUGUUUAUGGAAUGGUUUAUUCAAAGAUUAUGAGAAACAUCUAAAAACAACUCAUCCAAAUCCAAUAUGUGAAUUUUGCGGAGAAAAAUUUGAUUCAACGAUUGGACUUGACGAACACAAACAAAAACUAUGUAGUAAAAUUACUGUGCCUUGUGCACUUAAAGAAUAUGGUUGUUUGGAUUCAGUCUGUCGAGCUCAAUUGCAAGAGCAUUAUUUGAGUGAUAUUCAUCAAAAGACAAUAGUUAAUUUUAUACGUCGCUUAGUAUCGAGAGAAAGAAAUGAACAAUAUGAACGAGUAUCAGGAAUGGAUGUUGAUAUCGAACGAGGUGCUUCUAGCUCAAUAGCUUCAAAUAAUAAUGAUAAUAUAAAUCCACAAAUACAAGAAAUCUAUGAAAGAAUAAAUACUUUUACAAGUGGAAUCCAAACAAUACAUGAUGAUACACAACGUCUUAGUAGUGAAUCUAUUCGAUUACAAAGUUCAAUUGAAUCUGUCACACAAGAGUUUUCAAGGAUAAAAUUGAGUAUUGAAGAACAAAGUUCUUUUUUAGGUACUGUUAAACCUAAUCACGAAAGUUUUCAAGAAAAUGUUGCAACAUUGAAGCAAAAAAUUGAUGAUAUGCAAUGUGUAUCUUAUGAUGGAACAUUAAUAUGGAAAAUAUCAAACGUUCAUCAAAAAAUGAUGGACGCUCAAUCGGAACGACAAACAUCAACGGAUUCACCUCCAUUUUAUUCGUCAUCUACUGGCUAUAAAAUGCGAGCUAGACUUUAUCUUAAUGGUAAUGACAAUGCUCGACGUACACAUAUGUCAUUGUUUUUUGUUCUUAUGCGUGGCCCAAAUGAUGCAAUACUAAAAUUUCCAUUCAACUAUAAGGUCACCUUCUGUUUGUAUGAUCAAACUCCUCAACAACGACAUAUUGUAGAUUCGUUUCGACCUGAUAUUAAAUCAAAUAGUUUUCAAAGACCACAAUCAGAAAUGAAUAUUGCUAGUGGUAUUCCUAAAUUCUUUCCAUUGACGAUGAUUCAACAAGAAGGUAAUCCGUAUGUUCGAGAUGAUGCUAUGUUUAUUAAAGUAAUGGUUGAAUUUGGUGACAUGCCAAAACUGAUAUUAUCGUAUGCAUUGAAUCUUGAUCCUGGAUUGCCAGUACAUAUUCAACAAUUAAGAAUAAAACAAGAAACAGAACGAAGAGCACAACAACAAUUGCAGGAAACAUCUACAUCAUCUGCAAAUCCUUCCAUAAUGGAAUAA